CUUCGCAUUUCAAAUUUGCGGGUAACUGCGUUGCCGUGCCAAUGCCAUGCGCUGGUUCGGUUUCGGCUUUAACGCUUUUGGACAGCUACAUGUGUGUGAGAGUGUCACUAACAGCGAAGUUGGGAAGGUAGUCAAAGUGAUCAAUCCAACAGAGCUGAAAUGUCAUCUGAACGGAAGCUGCUGCAGACAAACAAGUGGAGUCCGAGCAAGCUGGAGUAGGCGGGCGUCCCUGCACUCGAAUGGUGGUGGAAGUUUGUGUCUUGCAGGUUUCAACGGUGGGAAUGACACCUUAUUGGUGGAGAGCCGCGGCUGCAAGGACGCUGCCAUCGGAGAGUCUUUCUUAAUACUCGCUUUUGCUGACAGACUGGAGUCAUGGGACUUGAACAACAACCAGAAGACGCCAUCGUGGAGCAUGGACGUAAAAACGUCACCUGUGGGCGAUGGUAUGCCCCUGAAGCUGCCAUUGAUCUCUGAUGGUUACAUUGCCACCAACCCUCCUUUCUACCACCCUUUAUCACCACAUCUGAAAGCCACCAGGUUGGCACUGGGUGCAGAGCACUCCAUCCUCCUCAGUGCCACUGGAGCUGUGUACACCUGGGGCCUAGGCAGUCAUGGCCAGCUUGGUCAUGGGGGCCUCUCAUCUGAAGAAGAGCCCAGGGUAGUGGAGGCCCUUUGGGGCAUGACUAUGGCCUGUGUGGCUACAGGAGGCUGGCACACUGUCUGCAUCAGUGAUGGGGGUGACUUGUAUGUGUGGGGCUGGAAUGAGAGUGGCCAGCUUGGACUUCCCUCCCAAGCUGUGAGGAGGACGCAGCAGUGUCAAAAUAGUCAACAAGCAGCAGGUAUGUCUUCCUGUAAAGCAACACCAGAUGAAGAGAAGGAAGAAGUCUUUAUAUCCAUCCAGGCAUUCCCAGCACUUUUGGACAUUACUGCAUCAUGUGAGGUGAAGUCGGCUGACUGUGGCUCUCGGCACACGGCAGCAGUAACAUCCACUGGUGACCUCUACACUUGGGGAUGGGGUGAAUAUGGUCAGCUGGGGUAUGAGACGUCUUGUUCAGAUGAGCCGCAGCGUGUGGAGUACUUCAGCAAACAAAAGAUGCGUGUUGUCGAUGUGACGUGUGGAGCGUGGAACACUUUCGCUGCCGUAGUCAAGGAGGAAGCAGCUGACUCAUACAGUUAAUAAACAUGGACUUCACUCCGUAUGCUUGGAGCUGAUGGUUUUACAACUUUAGCACUUAAAUUGAGUAUUUAGCAAUAUACUCUGUACAAAAAAACUGCAGGGGAAUAAUGUAGUUUGUCCACCUUUUUGUGGAAAUACAAAGGAUUUAAUACAAGAAUUUAAAAAAAUCACAGGUCUGUUCAUUUACAUAUAACAGCAGAUAAGUCAGUAAAAUACAUAUAUAAUUUAAGGCAAAUAAUUUAGCUUAUAAGAUGAACACAACAUGUGGGUGAUCCAUUUGUUGUCGACUGAAGGUCUUUACAGCACAAUUUUGAAGGAACUG